UGUAAACAAAACUCUGUACUCUGCUUUCUGCUUACUUCUCGGAGGAAAACCGCGUGCGGAAAUGAAGCCACCAAACUGCUUAUAAUCCUGCAUUGUAGUGCUAACAGUAUGAUAGAAGUUGCAGCAAUGGCUGAAAGCAACAGAAAAAAUAAUGAAGAUGAAUCAUACUUUGUUCCUGAAACAUUAUUUGAAAAGGAAGGACAGAAGUGGGAUUUUGCUGCAGAAUGCAAUUUUCUGAAAGGGUUCCUAAAUGGGAGUACAUGGGAAGGCAUUCGAAACAUGAUUGCUAAAGAUUCAACACAUCAAUUUACAGCUAAGGAGGUACAAGAACACUAUCUCAAACAGUAUGUUAACGGACCUCUUGGAGGGCUUGGAUUAGACGGUGAUGACUUUGUCCCAUACCAUUUAGAUUUAGAAUUCAAAGUACCUUUUGAUACAGUCAAAAGUCUUUUAACUUCUGAUACAACAGUCUCUUCAGAUAUGCAAGAUGGAGAAUUCAAAGAAAUUGGAUAUAAUCCUUAUCGAAAUGAAUUCAGAGAGGAAUUUGAUCCAAGAGCAGAAAAUAUCAUUCAGCACUUGACAAGUAUUUCAGAUUUUAACACAGCUGCAGAUGAUGUUCAUUUGCCUUUUAUAAGAUAUUAUUGUGACAGAAUAUUCAUGAGAUCUGAAAUAAACGAUUUUUUGAAGAAUCACAAACUUCCUGAGCACUAUUUUAAAAAUGGAAGAUCCCUUAUGGAGUAUGUACGAAAGAGAAAGCGUGAAAAAGACUUUGUCAAAAGAGAUGAUUUCGAAGAACUUAAAAAAUGGAUGCGCUACAGCUAUCUUUUUCCCAAAUCAGAUGAUUAUUAUUCAUUUUUAUGUGGGUUUUUGAAAGAAAGACUGCUAAAGAAAAAAAUUAGAGAAGUUAAUCAGAAAAUGCGAAGGAAAUGUUAUAAAGAUGGAAUGAAAUGCAAGAAAAUUAGCAAAAGUUAUAAGAAAAUUCAUGCUGUUAGAGAAAGGAGUAAUAAAUCAUUUGUAAAAAAGAGUAAAACUAAAGGAUUAAAAUCAAAACUACAUGAUACAUUAUUGAAACUGGAAGAGCAACUUCAUAAAAAAGAUGUUCAGAAAUUGCGGAAAAAUAAGGGGAAAAGACAUAAAGAGAUGAAAGCAGAAGAUAUUGAGAGAAAAAUAAAUGUUAACUCACAAGGCAAAGAGCUUCAAGAAAAAGAUUUUAAGAAAAUAACAGCUAAAAAGGGCAAAUCACCAUUCACUAAACCAAAAGAACGACAAAAAGUAGACAAAGCUAAAGAACAUUUAGAUUUUCAUUUAAAAGUUCAAAGACAGGGGAAAAAGAAGGCUGAGCAAGACCUAUAUGAAAAUAGAGAAACUAAAAAACCUAAAGCAAAUACAAAUGUUACAAAUUUGAUUAGUGAUUUGAAUAAGGCUAUUGUGAGAUUAUUGCCCGAAAAAGAAUUAGAGCAAAAUAACCGAAAAGAAUCACCAAAGACAGGAAAUAUUGCAAUCAAAUCUCGAGGAAUCCCAGAUGGAAUGUCUACCAAACUGGAUGUGCAACAUAAAAGGCGUAAAAAGAAAACAAGGUCGAAGCUUGUAAAUGUGUUUGAAAUGUUAUCUGAAGCAGAAAGUAGUUCAAAUUCAAGUGAUGAAUUCUAUCAUCGUGUAUCUCUGGAAGAUGAAAUUGAAGUUUCAAAAGAUGGACCUCAGAAAGCUAAACGAAAAUUUGGGGUACUUACUUGUGAAGCAUACGAUUCGUUAUCUCGAGAAGAAAAAGAAUUGUGUCACAAAUUGUGUCUGCUGCCAAUUUAUUACAUUGCUUACAAAAUUAUUUUAGUAGCAGCUGAUGAAGAGAAAUUGAAUGGUAGCAACAUGAAUCCUUCUUGUUUGUAUCCUUCCGAUCUUCCCCAGUAUUAUUGUGAUCAAAUAUUUGAUUUCAUGUCUGCCUGUGGUUGGAUCAGGUCAAAAGGUCUUAUGGAAGUAGCCAGACGUAAUAAGUUUAAUCUGACAGCAUCUUCUAACUUGUUGAUGUCCAGUGAAGUGCCAAAGACGAAGACUGCCUUCCAAAAGAAUGGCGGCGAAUAUCUUCCAGGAAGGAGACGGCGUUCUGCUUUGAAAAGGAGCGCUGCAAGCAAAUGGUCUGUGUCAAACCACAAGGUUUUGCCACGUGCGCUACAAAGAAAAGACAAAAGAAAACGUUAAAGGCUCAAAACCUCAACAUUAUGUCGCUAUGGAUUGAGAUUUUGUUAUUUACGCAAUUUGUUUUAAGCUUUGUAAAUUUACUGUACAUGUUAAACAACAACAUAAAAUGAAAUAUCAAAGAAAAUAAUAGAAGUAAUUUUCAGUUAACACAGUUUUGAGACAACAAAUAUUUCAAAAUAAAAACUUGAUUAACAGAUAAUUCAAAAAAUUAUGAGUGCAAAUAAACAAAGAAUUUUGUCAUUACUUUUUCCUCGAGUCGAUUCAAAGCAGGUACAGCUUCUUCCUUGGCCUGCAUAUUCCCCGGCUAUGUCACCGAUUGAACAUGUGUUGGAUUUCGUUGGGCGGCGUCUCGCUCAUGAUCCCCCGUCCUGUUGCUUCGACUCACAAACUUAGGUUGCUCAUACAAACAAUAUGGAAUACUCUUCCGCAGGCAGAUAUUCAAACUUUGUUUCACUCCAUGCUGAGUCAUGUAGCAGCUCUUAUUGUAACGCGUGGUGGCCACACAGAAAACUAAUUUCUAUCUCUUUUUAUUGUUUGUUUGGUUUGAAAAUGUAAUCAUUCAUUUGUACCAUUACCACUCAACUGUGUACUAAAUUUCAUUCAACUAUGAUGCUUCCUUCAUGGUGUUGCAAUUUUCACAAACAGGAGCAUAGUUUCAGGAAAAGUAAAUAGUGUGCUACUAAUAUAUUGCAAUUCUAUGACAAAGACUUUAUAACAAAAUAGAUAACAAAAAGUGUGUGGAUGUUGUUUAUAUUGAUUUUCAAAAAGCCUUUGAUAAGGUACCACAUGUUGUUCUACUCAGCAAACUAGCUGAUACUGGAAUUGGAGAGAAUAUUUUAAUUUGGAUUAGAAAUUGGCUGACUGGAAGGAAACAAAGAGUAGUUGCAAGGGAAAAAUAUGCUAACUGGAACAGCUUACCCGAAAAGGCAGAAAUUAGAAAGGUAGCUUUGAGAGGGCCAUUUUUCUUCAUUGGGGACUUAACUAGGACCAGUCAAACUGGACCCAGAGCCUGUUGCCGGUCGUCACAUUUGUAUUUCGAAAACUUUAGCGGUCUUGCCACCUCUCCUCAGCCUAAAAUUACCAAAGAUCGUCUAAAACUAUUUUUAGAACUAAAAAUUCGGAAAAGUUCCGAGUUAAGACCUCCAAACCUUUCUGUGUUUCUUUUGGUGCUUAAUGCACAGAUUAAUUUUGAUGAGGACUGCAAUCUGAGUGUCUUGCCUCCCUUAUGCAUGAUAUAUUUUAUUCUAUACAGUACAGAAUAUAUAUAAGCAACACAUGAAAGAAUUUACAUCACAAAGAGGGGAAAGUACAUCCAGAGCGAGGGUGGAGCUGUGAGAGUGAACCCACCGCCUCAAGUGUGUGAAGCACAGGGGCGGAUGGGCCCGGCGGGCAGCCGGGCAUCUGCCCGGUGGGCCGCCUCUGUUCGGGCCGCGUUGAAUUUUAGUAUUGAAUAGUAAAAAAAAAGUUUUUCAUUUCUUUUCUUUUCCUUCUUUCUUCCUUUCUUAAAAAAAAAAAAAAAUCUAUGGCAAUAUAAUAGUUUGGUACAUUUCUCAACGAUUUAUAAGAAAAUCGCUGCAAGAAAAGCAAAGGUUGCAAAAUUAAGAUAUAAAAAACAAUAACUCUACAAACGCAUGCUGUAAGUAAUAAGAUAAUUUUCUGUGUGUCGGGCCGAUAAGAUAAUUUUUUUGCAUAACUGCCCAGGACCUUCUAAGGUCUUAACAACUGCCUCUGGUUUGUAUGGGAUAAUGAACACGUCAAGGCAGGGCUGUCACCCGAGGAGGCUGACAAUUUUAAUUCAGUGAAGACUAAAAAAAUAAUAAUAAUAAUAAAUAAAAACAAGAAAAAUAGAAAACGUUCUCAGUGUUAAAAAAUUUUAAAAGAAAAUGAAACUUUUGAAUAUUUAGCAAUUAAACCUUUGAAUAUUAUUUAGGAACAUCCACAUUUCUUUAUUUUAAAUUUACCUAACUGAAGGCCGCUGAAAUGUAUGUUUCGAACAUUUUUUUAACGAAAAAAAGUAUCCAGUACAGAGUAAAUAGCACAAACCCAUGACAAACUUCAGCUUAAUACUUAAUACAAGAAAUAGAUAAAUAACCAUGACCAUUUCAUAGGGGCAGCCAAGGGCGGAUUCAGGGGAGGGUCAAAAGGUCAGCUGACUCCCCUGUGACAAGAAUUUUAUUAUGAUUUUUUUUUUUUUUUAAUUUUUAUUUUUUAGAUCCGAAAACAUAGUACACGGAAUAAUGUUAACCUUUUUUUGCUUGGUUCUGAAAGGUAUUUCAUCUGGUGUGUAUGUGUGUGCUUUUCCCAACUAUUUUGUAGCUGUAAACUGGUAUCUCAUCAAAAAUAACCCUGUUGUAAAAAUUUCCCCGCCAAGAAAACCUUUAACUUUUCCGCACAAAAAAGAAAACCUGCAUCCUAAACCCAAAAAACCUCAGCCAUAAAAAGUUAUAUCUAGUUUGCCCGCCAAGUAUCUGCCACACUAUCAUCCUCUCUCUUCUCCUUUUUCAUCACAGCUACUUCCAUUAGAACCUCCUCCCACCUUCAACUCCUCAGAAAUAUGGAUAGAUCUUUUAAAUUGUUUAUCUUGUUUGGCGGGAAGCUUUUCAAAGUGAAG